CAACAGCAACAGCACCAGCACCAGCACCAGCAACAGCAGUACCCUUCCCAGCACAAUCCCCAACUUCAACAACCUCAACUUCAACACCAGCAGUACCCUCCCCAGCGGUACCACCAGUACCACCAACAGCAUCAGAUGCCACACCAACAACAGCCUCAGCAACAGGCCCCACAGAACCUCGCUGUCUGGUCCCCGAGUAUGCCUGCCCAUCUCCAAGACCAAGGCCAAGGUCAGGCACAUGUAUCCUCCGGGCCGCCUUCCCCUGGCACGCUCAACAUCUCGGGGCCCUUAGAUCUCAAGACCGCGAGCCCACAGCCUAUCCUGCCGCCCAUUAGGGAUGCUCAUCCCCCGCCCCGUCUCAAUACCCCCCAGAGGAACGCCAGCCUGCGUCGCAUGCCCUCUCAGAACGGGCCUCGUCACCCACCAUCUCCCAGCGGGGUACAUCCUCAGGACUCCGAUAACAACCCGAACGAGAACAACGACGGCGUCCCACAUCAAGAGAGCCAGCCCUACUCGUCCAACUCAAAUCCGUCCAACAUCCGCAGCCAGGCAUCAUCCCCGGAGAGUAGCGCCCAGACUAGCAGCAGUGCCCACUCGAGCAGUUACUUUGACAGCAAGCCAAGCUCCCAGAUUGAUCCUGUCUCUCUCCUCACCACGACCACGCCGUCGUCACCAGGACUACAGCGAUCCAACAGCAGAAUCAAUUACUCUUCUCCGCUCUUGCGGUCGCAAAGCCGAUCUGGAUCCUCUUCUCCCUCUCCUUCUCAACAGUCAUUGAAACGUCAGACAUCUAUCUUGAAGAACGGUUCAAAGGAUGCGCCCUAUCUGUCCAGCAACAAGAACUUGCACGGGUUGAGCCAUCUCGAGAGUUUAAAUCAGUCCUGGGAGCCCUCCGGUCCAAACUCAGCUGGUGGGGUAUCACCACCACACUCGACUGGAUCCCAGUCCUCCCUAUCAAAAUUGGGCUCGGCGUCCAACUUGAGAGCUAUGGCCCAGGCAGUCCAGGCAGCGACAUCAGCAGCAGUAGAAGAAGGAUCAGAGGCUGUCCCUACCGCGUCUACUACUUCCAGCAUGAAGAGCCAUGAAUUGAUGGUGAGCGCAGUAUCCUCACCGACGACGAAUGAAGGACCCAGCCUGCAGGGCGCAACGCCAGGCAGCGAUUCCGCUCAAGCGGCUCAGUCAUCGUUGCUGGAGGAGCCUAAAGACAAGGAGGCGGUCCAUAUUCCUGCGCGUGAUUCAACCAACUACAAGGUACCUGUCCCUCCUUCUCCAGUAGUUGCCCCUCUCAUGGGAUCAUCUGCACCAGGCGGGCAUAGUGCAUUCAACUUCUUGAACUCGGACCCAACCCUGCAGCGCUCGACGUCCAGGAGACGCCAGGCGCCUCCUAUUCAAGUGCAGCAGCAGCCUGUCCCUCAGCACCUACAAGCAGCAUUUUCUCCACAAGCCAUGACCUCACCUGUUUCGCCUGGUCGCCGUCAUCCAUACCACCGAUGGGAGAACAUACUCUCUCCCCAGGGCGGAGAGGGACAUCCCCAAGCUGGACGAGAGUAUGGACAGGGCCAAGGACAGGACCAGCAUGAGGACGGGGAUUAUGAAGACGAAGGCGGUAACGACGAAACGGACGGUGAUGCCCUUUCAGGGCCUGAAGAGCAUGGAGAACGUCGGCGACGCCAACAGCGCCAAAGAGCAGGAGCUGAUAACGUGCCCUUCACACCCACGCGAUCUGCACCGCAGCCCCCUAAUCUGAAUAGCGCUGUGAUCCCCAAUUCGCGUGAGGCCGAAAUUGCCCACAUCAUGUAUAUCCAGCAGCAGCAGGCCCUGUUUUUGCAGGAGAAGGCUAUGAAUCCACCCUUGCGAAGCAAGGGAAGCAAUGGAAAUCUCUCUGGUGGUAACUCGGACGGAUCGAAGCCUCGCCGAAAGCUGUCCCUCCAUCGCAAGCAGAUCUCGGUGAUCAGUGAACCCAAGCUUGUAUCCAGCACCAACCAGGUCAAGACUGUCCCUAUUGUUCGACCUGCGGAUCAGUCUGAUGAUGAUGCUGGAACAAAGUCCGAGUACACGAGUGGAGGCGAGGGUAUCAAGAAGACAGUUCGCAAGAUGAGGAGGGCUGUCCGUCACGCUGCGAAUGGUGUGUUCAACGACGACGAUUCCGAUCGCGAGGACACCCUCGGAUCAAAGAGCGACGCGGAAAAGAAGGGUGGACUCAAACAGCUGAAGGCUUUGAAGAGCAAGCUCGCCAAGAAACUGCAUCGUCCAAGUCAUGGUGGUGGCUCAUCCUCGCGACAUGACCAGGCGAUCGAUGGACAUAGACAGGACGAAGGAGAGGGCGGUCGUGGUCCUGUCCAAUUCUUUUCUGAAGAUAAUCUCAGAUCGAGGUAUCUCGCGCAGGGGCAGGAAGGAGGCAACAGUUUUGCAGCUAUGGGUGCGUCGCUUCGCAGAAGCAAUACAACUCGCGACAGCACUACGGCGUCAGUACCCAUGUUUCCCCGAAAUGGCAGUCAAGGCGAAGGCGAUAAGCAAGAGUACGAGUCGGGCGACGGUUAUGCAGAAGACAAGGAGACCAAGGAGGGUGAUUCAGCCUCGGCUCAGAAGGAGACCGAUGAUGACGCAGCCUUCAAAGCAAGGGCUGCCAAGUUUGGCAGCAGGACCUUUGACAAGGAUGAGAUGAUGGAAGUCAAGGACGGCACUGGCGAAUCCUUCUUUGUUCCUCGCUGGGACUUGGAUCCUAGAGCUGACGAAUUAGAAUCGUCUAGAUCGGUUAUCAGUGUCCAGUCGAGCAAGAAACUGGAGAGAUCCGUCUCAAACUCCACCGUCACUUCGACCAAGACGACUAUGCCCAUUGCGACUAUUGCUGAGCGCUUGCAAGGCUCGACUGUUGUAGAAGAAUGUGCGGUAGACACCGAGUCUACAGCUAAGACAUCGAGCGAAGCCUUAGCGGAUUUAACACCAACUGACGGAGCACCUCAGAAGGCUGGCGCAUCCACGGAGCCCACAGUUGAACUAGUUGCGGAGGACGAAAAGCCGGCGGACGUGGGAGACGAUAGCCAGUCUAGCCCGAAGAAACUCGCCUGGGGCGAAUCUAUCCUCAGCUCUUUUGCGUCAGAGUCGGGAGCUGACCAAAGAGCCGACCAGGAAGCGCCCCACUCGCCAUUGGCUGAAUCGGCCGAACACACAGCAGACGGUCACGCCGCUAUAUCGAACUCGUCUUCCUCCGGCCUGAACUCUCGGACCUCUGUAGUGAGCGAAGCCUCUUCGGGCGCGUCUUCAGUCGGCGGUAUUGUUGUUGCCCAGGUUCUGACGCGACAAUCAUCCAUGCGACGCAACUUCAAGCGUGCAGGAAGCGACGAGAAUAAGGAGAACAAGGAGGAACAGGCUUUCGCAGAAGUGGCAGGCAAGGAGCCCAUGAGUCCUAAUUCUAGCCAAAAGACCUCUUCUCUCGGUCUCGGAAUUUCUCUUCUUUCUCCUCGCUCUGAAAUCGAGAAGGACCCACUGCAAGAGAAUAUGGAGGACCCGACGCUGUCUCAAAGGUCGCAGGAAAGCGAGAAGCAACCUCUUUCUCUUCCUCAGGAAGCUCCACUAGAGUUAGCAUCUUCGUUCGAGAGCAAGCCUCCUAGCAUCGUGACGGUGCGCCCAUUAUCACCCAUCCGGCGUGGAACAAACAGCCUGGGACGAUCGUCCUCCAUCGCUAGCAUGUCUUCUAUGUUGUCAAGCCCUUCGACACCGCCUGCAAGUGCUAACGCGUUGGCCCUGCCCCUGGACGCACAGCAGCUUACUGGCCAAGAGUUCCCCAUCAAGCCAGUUCAUGAACGAGAACUCAGCCUGAGAAAGAGUGGUCUCCAGCGCAAAGUCUCGCUUGGUGCGUUCACUCUUCCCCAGGCGCCUACAUCGCCUUUGCCUUCGCCAUCCUUCCCUAUGGCCGGCUCUCCUGCAACCACUGCGGCCCCUAUCCCGGCUCCAGUCCCUGUCGCAGCCCUAGUUCCUACUCUUACCCCUGCUCCCAUUGCUGCUUCUAUGGGUACUCCUCCAACUGCUUUCCCAGCAGUUCUCCAGCGACAGGGAUCCUACCUCACCGAGCGUGGAUCGGUCCGCUCCAUGUAUACAGACAGUAUCUACGACUAUUACGAUUAUGACUCUGCGUCCGAGCAUGAGAGCCAGAUGGGUGGCAUAUCUCGGCAGGAAUCUUUCAGCAACCCACAAAUUCCCGAGCACGAACAAGACGCCCCCGCUAUGGCGCUUUUCACAGCGAAUGAGAGGGAGGACGUAAAGAGUGGAGCUACUGGAAUCUCCAGCAACAUCAGCACCGCAACAGUGACAACAGCUCACGACUCGAGCGAAGUCGGUCGUGCAUCGACGCUAGCCGUAUCUCUGAGCAGCCAGAAAUCCGAGAAUAGCGACAACGGCACAGAGAAGGAUACGGCUACCCCCACAGAAGUGAAGCCCGCAGCGUCAACUGUCUCGAAUGAGGCGUCCACAGAGAUGAGCGAAGAAACGCCAGUUAUUCGCUUGAGAGGGGCCGGCAAGAAUGACGAGCCACUGCCCUACAAGGAAGAGCACCACGUCCACUACGAGGACCUGCCAAAGGCCGUGCCCUAUCGUAUGUCGAUGAUGCAAACCGUCCCCGUCGACCCUGUCGGUGUGGCAGCCUCGCUCUCGGGGAAGCUCACACAAUCGCUUUCAAUCCCCUCUCGACCUCCUCGCCACCCCAUGCGUCAGAGCCGACACGGUUCAGUCAAUACUCUAAGCAUCGGCGGUAGCAGCGACCUGACCUCAGAAUCCUGGAUAUCGUCUGCUAGGAACACGCGCGACGAUUUGUCUGGAUGGGACGAGGGCGAGGAGCGGGACGAGUUUGCCAGCCUGGACGGCGAUCGCCUCAGUGAGCUGGCUCGUCGACAGAGUAGCAUGUCGUCCCAGUCGCGUCUCAGUCACGGAACACGAAGCGAGCGCACCAUGUCGUUGAUGACGGACAAGAGUCACUCCCCCAUGAUCCCUGAACACAGCGAGGGUAGUCUGUUGAGGAGACGCGGAUCUGAGGCCUCGUCGGUGAGGUUUCCGAGGAACGACGCUGCCUCGGAGGUGACGCGCAAGCAAUGGUUCCACGAGCGGAAGCGUGGAACCUGGGGAUCGAUCCAGUCGUCAUCUUCGGAUGAUGCCACUUCUUCUUCCUCCCGGUCGUCACAUUUUUACUUUAACGGCCGAUCCCCUUCUCCUUCACCCACGGAGGAGUCGGCGCCGGCAUCCAAGGCAUUCUAAACUAAUGAACAAUUUACUUUGAACCUGAUCCACAUGAUAUGAACACCAUCAAAAAGCAUAACGCAUAAGUCAUUUCCAAUAGACGGAAUAAUAAAUUAUCCCGACACAUCUUCACG